UCUGAACGGUUAUCCCGCCUCGCUAUCAGGACCCCAGCCAGGCAAGAUGGCGGCGGCCAACCAAAUCGCCGGGGAGUUUGAAAACUGGCUGAACGAGCGGCUGGACUCCCUCGAAGUAGACCGAGAAGUUUACGGAGCAUAUAUACUCGGAGUGCUCCAGGAAGAGGAAAAUGAUGAAGAGCAAAAGGAUGCUCUUCGGGGCAUUCUCUCCGCUUUUCUGGAUGAAGACUCGCUUGAGGAGGUUUGCCAGCAGAUCUUAAAACAGUGGGCUGAGUGCGGCAGCAGAUCUGCAGUCAAGGGAACUCAUGGUAAGUCAAUCACACAAUAUAUGGAGAGGGCUCAGAGACAACCCAAAGACGAGAAACAUAACUGCCAAUCAGUGGGUGAGGAGAUGAGGGACCGUGAUUAA